GGAGCGUAAUUGUGUAACACUGAACACUUGGCGUGGCUUGGAAAUAAGGCCCAAGCAAGAAGAAGCGGCAAAGAUGGCACCCAACUCAAUUGCGGUUGCCACACAGCAGUCGGUCAGGUCGGAUUUUACGCGCCUGACAGCGCGAACCACCCACCCAACCCCUUCCAACGCGGCAUGAGAACGCGGUUCCUUCCACCGAACCGAAGCGCCACCGAAACUCUGACAUACGGGAUGUGUUGGGAUGUGACUGCAGCGUUUUUGGUCCAGGGAUCAUGAGAGCAUGACGAACAUAAGGCUGCUUCACGAGCGACGGCCGGUUAGGUCGGUCGGUGUUCUCGCUCUUGCGCCCCUUGCUGUGGUACACAACACCGAGUACUACCCUCACUACGCAAACGAAGUUAGGGGAUGACUGUGUCUGAGUGUACGUGUGGGCCGGAAGGACAUGAAGCUAACGACGAAAGGCACCGACGAAUCCGUGGUUAGCUUCGGCAAAAGCGAUGAGCAGGGGGAAGGCCGGCAAGUGCGGGCAGACAUCAUCUGGUUCCAACUGCCUCCUCUGGGUAAAGGCUGGGCAGAGCCAACGUGCACUAGGCUGAAGUCAAUGUUGCUAUCAGUCGUUAAGCAGCUUCCAUCGCAGGCAGUGCCGGUGUGACACGGUGGUGUGUCAGUGUCAUCGAGUCAAACAACGACAACAAAAGAAGCAAAAAAAACCGGCAACUGAGUUUCGAAAGCGACGGGACCGAGUGAGACAGAACUGUCAGGACAAUGGAUGACCGGAGCAGUGUAUGAUCUUUUGCCUCAAAUGUACUGUAUCAGCAGCAGAAGCCAACGGUCACAGUGUACGAUGAGUGUUCGUGUGUACGUGUGACAAGAACCAGAUCUAGGAAGGCUUUGACGUCGAGUGCACAAACAACGAGCAACCGUUUGGUGCGUACCGUGCUGUACCACGACAGUCAGCAAUAAUUAAAGUGGCAAAUCGUGUGGUGCCUACUCGAGUGCUGCGAAUGAGGUGAGACUAGUUGAAAACAAACCGCGGUAGUGUCUAGUGGAGUUCAGUUCGCCGAAAGAAAUGAUGUCACAAGGUGCCGUUAUACCUACGAGCUGCAGCGAGAUGUGAUUACCAAUUUUGGGUACAUCCCUUUCAGGCGUCUGGAGUGAGUGUGCGUGUCUGUUCUGGUUUUUUUUUUCAAUUUCGAUUUUGCUUCCAAAAAUAGAAUACAAAAGUCAAACAAGAACCUUCAGUUGAGGUGACGAACGUGUUAGCGCCAAAGUGACAAAACUUGCGACGGAAAAGGAUAUAUUUGUACAGCUGAAAAAGUCAGCUUUAGCUACCGCGAGUGUUGUGCGAGUGAGUGAAGUGCUGUUCCAGUGUGUAUUGUUUUGUGUGUUUUCGCGACGGAAAAGAACUGCCGUGCUUAAAAUUUAGCUGCCUUGUUGAAGCCUUUGGGGCAAACAGGCUCACGGUGGAUUUCAAACUCAUUUGGCAACCGCGCAGAAUGGGAACAGGUGACAGAUUGCUAGACAUACCGUGCAAAGUGUGCGGCGACCGCAGCUCGGGCAAACACUACGGCAUCUACAGUUGCGAUGGUUGCUCAGGGUUUUUCAAACGCAGCAUCCACCGGAAUCGGGUGUACACGUGCAAGGCGGCCGGUGAGCUGAAGGGCCGCUGUCCAGUAGAUAAGACCCACCGUAACCAGUGCCGUGCCUGCCGGCUUUCCAAGUGCUUCCAAUCGGCCAUGAACAAGGACGCCGUCCAACACGAGCGUGGCCCGCGGAAACCGAAACUCCAGCACCUGCAAGCGAACGGGGGCCACCCGGGCCAUCCCCAUCUGGCCGGCCCGUUCGUGAACAGUGCAUCGUACGGACACGCAAUGUCCCACUUCCCGCCCGGGCUGCACCAUUCCGCAAUGGCCGGCUCGAACGCGCUGCUGCACCAUCCCCAGCCGCUCUCCUUUGCACCGCUCGGCCACCAUAUCGGUCCCUCGUUACUGCCGCCGGUCAAGCUGGAACAGAACAAGUUCGAAUUUAGCCUCGGUACACCGAACGGUAGCAAUGGUGGCAACGGUGGUGGUGCCGGUCAAAUGUCGGGAGGCACGAACCUGCUCUCCCCGAUUAAGAUCGAGCACGGCAAAAUGAUGACGUCUGUCGGUGGGUUCGAGUUUUCCGCGGCCGGGCACGUGCAGCACAUGUACAAGUCGCUGGAACCGAUGCCUCCGUCGCCGACCGAUUCGAAGAGCUCGAUCAGCGUGGACUCGCCGUCGGAAAGUUUGACCAGCCCUCACUCGACCGUGGACGGCAGCUCAAGCGUGCUCAGCCCGACCCCGAUCAACGCCACCAGCCUAAGCCUUCCGUCCCCGCUGUCGCAGAACGGUGUGCUCGACAUCCUGAUGAGCACGGACAAGUGCCAGGAGUUUAUCCAGUACCAGAUGCACAACAGUAGUAUUGCGUUCCCUGGGUUCACGCCCGUUAGCAGCGCCUCGAGUGGAAUUUCGGUCGCACCGCCGUUGCCGCCACCCACGCAUCAAGGUGUACCGCCGCCAUCGUCACUCGCGCCAUCACACCCACCAGGACAGGCCGCCUCAACAGCGACAGCUUCGCCCACGGGACUGGCGCAUCCACAACCAACGGCAGCAGCAGUAACGCCACAUCCACCACCACCACCGCCACCACUCGUUCCCCAUCCGAUCGCGCUGACUGCGCUGCCGCCCGAGGGUCCAACCAUCAUCAGGCUUCCUACCUGGGAGAUUUUGCAGGAAACUACGGCGCGGUUACUGUUCAUGUCCGUCCGAUGGGUGAGGUGCUUGAUCCCGUUCCAAACACUCUCGAAAAAUGACCAACACCUACUGCUACAGGAAUCGUGGAAAGAACUGUUCCUUCUCAACUUUGCCCAGUGGAGUGUACCGUGGGAUCUGAGCGGACUGCUCGAUUCGCCCCAGGUGCGGGACCGGUUGCCACCAGACGCAGCGACUCAGCUCGAGAUGAAGACGAUGCAGGAGAUUCUCUGCCGCUUUCGCCAGAUUUCGCCCGACCUAAGCGAGCUGGGAUGCAUGAAGGCGGUAAUCCUGUUUUCACCCGAAACGUCCGAACUGUGCGACGUCCAGCCGGUCGAGAUGCUACAGGAUCAGGCCCAGUGCGUCCUGUCCGAGCACGUCCGCGUUCGCUACCCACGCCAACCGACCCGGUUUGGGCGGCUUCUUCUACUCCUGCCGCUGCUCCGUACCAUCCGGUCCACCACCAUCGAGACGCUGUUCUUCAAGGAAACGAUUGGUACCGUGCCCAUCUCCCGGCUCCUGAUCGACAUGUACCAGAUGGAAAAGUACACCGAUCUGGAGGGUGGCGGUGGUGGUGGUGUUGGUGGUGGUGGUGGUGCAGGAACCCCACCUACACCGAACGGUGCCCUUACGCCAAAGGCAUAAAUCGGUGCGACAGACUUCGGGUUUGCUAUUUUUUAUUUUCCCUGU